CGCGCGCGGUCCCGCCAGCCGGCGCGCGCUCUUCCCUGGCUGCCUGGCUGUCUGGCGCUCACACUCGCGCGCACAUCCCUCGAGGCCCGCGAGUCCGCCGCUACCGCCGCUGCCGUCCCGUCCCCUGCGAAACGUGGUUGCAUCAUGUCUUCGCCUCCCGAGGGGAAGCUAGAGACGAAAGCUGGACACCCGCCCGCCGUGAAAGCCGGUGGGAUGCGAAUCGUGCAGAAACACCCGCAUUCAGGAGACACCAAGGAAGAGAGAGACAAGGACGACCAGGAGUGGGAGAGCCCCAGUCCGCCUAAACCCACAGUGUUCAUCUCCGGUGUGAUCGCCCGGGGCGACAAAGACUUCCCCCCGGCGGCCGCCCAGGUGGCUCACCAGAAGCCCCACGCCUCCAUAGACAAACACAUGUCCCCGAGAACCCAGAACAUCCAGCAGCCCCGCAAGUGACCAGCAAGGACCCAGCGCCCUCCGCAGCCGUGUCUGGUUUCCCGACAUUUGGUAUUUCCCCGGCAAAGAGAACUGCGUCUUCAAAACACGGCUCCACUGGGAAAUCUAAGGCCAAGCAAAGCGCCCUUCCUUUGCCUUACAUUUCUGUAUCAAAAACUAGAAACAGACCCCAAACCUUGUUUCCAGGGAGUCCUGGUUGGUGUCCAAGGACCACAGUGCCAUUAGCAGAACUUGCCGAGUCCUGAGCAAAGUGAAGUUGCUCAGAGUUUAGCUUUAGUUCUAUUUCAGCAAUUGACUAAAAUGUUUGCAGGUGGUCUCAAAAACAAGAGGGCACAAAUUUGGGAGGAUUGCAUUACGAUUAAGGGGAAAAGUUCAAUCAUUUCAUGGUUUUCAGUACUAGGACAAUUCAGCCUUAACAUUAAGAGAGCAUAAGAAAUGCAGGUGUUAAUUAUGGGGGUGGGGUUCAAAAGGCAAAGCUGGGAAAACUGCAAACAGCAACCCUGAAUGUCACUCCCUGUGCAACAAGGGAUCCCUGUGCAGGGCAGCGCCAGGCAGUCCCAGGAGAACCAAAGAAAAGCUUGAAUCAUUGAAAUGGCUCAUGUAUCCCACAAGUCAUCUUGCUGAAAAAUUAGAAUGUAGGUAGUUUGCCCAAAGGUAGUACUUCCAGGGUGACAUCUCAGCGUGGGUCCCUUGCUGCCUCUGCACCAGGACAGGCUUCGUCAGAGGAACGGGGCAAGCCUGUGCUUGUAAGUGUGCGCCUCUAGAGCUGUUUUGAGUUCUGGAAGUGAGCACUGACCAGGUGGGGGAACAGACGUAUGGCUAAUUCUGGAACGCUACAGCAAGAGCAUAGGAUGCAUAGAAAGAGAAUUGAAUGCAUAGAGAACCAGACAAAAACCUGCCCUUUGUCUCUGAAGGGAGAAAUAGCAAUAGUGCAUUCCAUCUGAGCUAGAAAAACCUGUUUGUCAAUCAGUCCAACUGCCCAGAAUUCCUUUUGCCUGAGUGCACGUUCACCUGGGCCCAAGGUCGGUCACUGGGGCUCGUCAGAGGACCCUGCUGUCUGCACGCGUUUUCUGCCUGGAGCCGCCCUAGACUGCUCUCUGGCUCACAGCUGUGGAGUGCCCUGCUCUUCUGAGAAGCCAAAGGGCUUCUUUACUCAGAUGUUCAAAUCCUCCAGAGCAUCUGCUUCUGGAGAGGGUGUCCCCAACUGCCCCGCUCACCCACGGUGGCAUUUGCUGCAGGCCAGCAGCGUGCGGCGAGCAGCUUGCACACCAGCCUCUCUGACGCCAUUAUCAAAUCCACAGCUGCCGGCUGGUAAAAGUGAUGCAGACCUAGUCACACACCCAUCCCCACCUGGAGAAUGCAUGUGGCAUUCUAAAGGCAAUGUUUGGUUUCCCGCCCCAUUGACCUACAGAAGCUGGAGUCUAGCCUUAAAGGUAUCGCAUCAUCACAUCUGGUAUUUCUUCAUCUCUGAGAUGCUGGCAUACACUGGGGCCGGCUUUGGAAUUGCAGAUUCGGUGGACAGCACUGUUGUGAGGCGCACCGAGCAAAGAGCUCCCCACUCCCCCGCCACCUCCUAGAGCUGCAUCUCAGAGGAGCUGCGGAGAGAAGGCAGCUCUAGGUCAGGCCUAUGAGACCAUUGCACCCUUCGCUACAGAAAUUCAGACGCAUCAACAUUACUUCCUGGGUCUGCAGCCAGGAGUGCUGUGCUAUGUUUCCCAGGGCGCGUAUUUCAUGUACUUUUAGCUGCAUGUGGCGUGCAUCUGGGGCUCCGGAUCUUUGAAAGCAAAAUGUCUUCCUGAAUGAGUUUAUCAUUGUUAACUUCAAGAAUAAUACUGAUUAUAAUAAAUCCCCUGCACUUCUUAUCA